CCAGAAUAAGACCCACAUAAAGAGAAAACAUGGAGUGGAGCCAGAGCCACAGCCAAUAUAUAACAUGAUGAGAGAUAAACCUUUGUGUGGUGAAGUCUGGAGCAGGAUUCUGAGGCUUUCUGUCCUCCAUGCCGCUCACCAGAAAAGGGACUGUGAACUGUGCUCUGGCACCAGGUGACAGGAAGAAUUUCUGGCCCAGCUGGGAGUGAGAAGAGGGAGUGAGUCUCCUGAGGGCCAUCCUCGAGUCCGCCAGGAUCACCCGAACAAUCCUCGAUGUGAAUCAAUCCCAUGAUGCAACAUGCCUCCCCAGCCCCCGCUCUGACGAUGAUGGCCACGCAGAAUGUCCCUCCCCCACCCUACCAGGACAGCCCGCAGAUGACAGCAACUGCUCAGGCACCCUCUAAGACCCAGGCUGUCCACAUCUCCGCACCCUCAGCUGCUGCCAGCACGCCUGUGCCCAGUGCCCCCAUUGACCCCCAGGCCCAGCUGGAGGCUGACAAGAGAGCUGUGUACAGGCACCCUCUUUUCCCGCUCCUGACGCUGCUGUUUGAGAAAUGUGAGCAGGCCACCCAGGGCUCUGAGUGCAUCACCUCCGCCAGCUUUGAUGUGGACAUCGAGAACUUUGUCCACCAGCAGGAGCAGGAGCACAAAGCCUUCUUCAGCGAUGACCCAGAACUGGACAAUCUGAUGGUGAAGGCAAUCCAGGUCCUGAGAAUUCACCUGCUGGAAUUGGAGAAAGUCAAUGAACUCUGCAAGGACUUUUGUAACCGCUACAUCACCUGCCUCAAAACCAAGAUGCACAGUGAUAACCUGCUCAGGAAUGACCUCGGGGGACCCUACUCCCCCAACCAGCCCUCCAUAAACCUUCACUCACAGGACCUCCUGCAGAAUUCCCCCAAUUCCAUGUCUGGAGUCUCCAAUAACCCCCAGGGGAUUGUGGUCCCAGCCUCAGCGCUCCAGCAGGGCAACAUCGCCAUGACAACCGUCAACUCCCAAGUGGUGUCAGGUGGAGCCUUAUACCAGCCGGUUACCAUGGUAACCUCCCAGGGUCAGGUGGUCACCCAAGCAAUCCCCCAGGGAGCCAUCCAGAUCCAGAACACACAGGUUAACCUUGACCUCACCUCCCUCCUGGACAAUGAGGAUAAGAAGUCCAAGAACAAACGAGGAGUCUUGCCCAAGCAUGCCACCAAUAUAAUGCGUUCUUGGCUCUUCCAACAUCUCAUGCACCCCUACCCCACGGAGGAUGAGAAGAGGCAGAUCGCAGCCCAGACAAACCUCACGCUCCUGCAAGUAAAUAACUGGUUCAUCAAUGCCCGGAGGCGCAUCCUGCAGCCCAUGCUUGAUGCCAGCAACCCAGACCCUGCCCCGAAAGCCAAGAAGAUCAAAUCGCAGCACCGGCCCACCCAAAGAUUCUGGCCCAACUCCAUCGCUGCAGGGGUGCUGCAGCAGCAGGGCGGUGCGCCAGGGACAAACCCCGAUGGUUCCAUUAACUUGGACAACCUGCAGUCCCUGUCCUCAGACAAUGCCACCAUGGCCAUGCAGCAGGCUAUGAUGGCCGCACACGAGGACUCAUUGGAUGGGACAGAAGAAGAGGAUGAGGAUGAGAUGGAGGAGGAGGAGGAAGAGGAGCUGGAGGAGGAGGCCGACGAGCUUCAGACGACAAAUGUCAGCGACCUGGGCUUGGAACACAGUGACUCCCUGGAGUAGUUGGCAGCCCAGCUGGCACUGGUCACCGAGCAGGAGAGGAGUGUCGUCAGGAGGGCUUCAGGGUGGGGGGGAGGGGGGCACGGGCAGGCAGCACCGAGGAAGUUGGGCCCUAGCUUCCCCAGAUCAGUAGCUUGAAGAAAUGCAGAGCAGAUGCCUGCUCCUUCCCAAACCACCAAGCUUCAAUGAGUACCCCAGCCCCACUUCCCUAGAACUGCAGAGGACUCCGUUUGCGGGGCCGGUCAAGCAGCCCAUACGGAAAGGCGGGAGUGAGAGCUGGACUCACCAAAUCCCUGAGGACAGAUGGCACCCACGGCCCCCCCACUGAAGGACUUGAGUCGUUUACAAGCCCUGCACUGUGAGGCAGAUCGGUGCUGUUCAACAGAAUGAGCCUUGCCAGGGACACAGUUAGAAGGAAAGGGAGAGUCAAGGGCAUCUGGAUUCCACCCCCGGAAGGUUCUCAGCUCCUCUGAGAGACAUUCAAGGGCAGGAGGAGCCCAGACGCAUCACCAGUGGCUAGCAGAGUGGGAGGCCCUGAGGCCUGCCGACCGCAGCUCCCUGGGGCUCCCGCUCAUUCCUCCAAGGACCUGUCUCAGGCACGGGCAAUCACGGACUUGGGAGAGAGGGUAGGAGCCACCACAGCCACCUUCUCUCUCUCUCUCUCUCCCCAAAAUGGAUGGUCAGCUGGCAGGCUCAGAUCGUAGGGGGUUGAGCGGAAUCCCUUCCCCUGGGUUGGCUCCAGGACCCAAGGAGAUGGCACAACCUGAGCUAGGAGCCAUAUCAAGGUGACUCUGGGGACCACAGCCAUCCCCAGGUGGUCACAGAGCUCAGCUCCCAUAACAACAGGACAGUGGUGUCUCAUCCCAGGUGUUCCAGCCCUCAGCCCCCCAUGGCUGUUGCCCUGCUCCCAGGCUGGCCUCACCAGCCCCAUUCUCUCUUCUUCAUUCUUCAGAGAAGGCAGAAGAAACAUUGGAAAGAAGCAUCCAGUCCAAUGGGAAGCCAGGGGUUGGCGAAGGUGCUACAUCCCUCUUCCCAUCAAUAUCCAAAGUGUGGGCCAGGGCCCAGAGCCAGGCGGUGCCCCACCCCACACGUCUCGCUGAUCUAGCCACCACCACGACGCACGGCGCUGGAGGCACCGGGGCUCCCUCGAGGAGGAGGCUUUCUACCACCCGCCCUAACUCACACCCUCCCACCCAACUUCCGGGCCCCCAUGAUUGGCACCCCUCCUCCCCUCCUGCUCCACCCCUUGGCUGUGAAUGAUGGGACUGGUCACACGUGUGUUUUCCAUUGGAUUUAAUUUAAUGGACUUGCAGUUUCAUUUGUAAAUUGUGCGUUGGCCAUCUCCUUCAGUGGCAGGAUGCGAGUGGCUACCUGGCUCCGCUUGAGGGGACCCCUCAGGGCCCUCUGGGGCUUCCCCUCCCCCUCCUGGUUGGGGUGGAGCAAAAGGAUGGUCGCUUUCCUGAGGUCUCCCUGAGAUGAAUGUAUUUCUCCCCCAAAAGAGCUGAUAUUUAAUGUUUUAAUAGGGAUUUUUGAAAAACAAAUAACCUUAUUUAUAAUCUGGGUGAUCCAAUCAUUUUUUACUCCCUUUUGAUGCCAUAGGUAGAGGAAAGUCUAGCUUUUUUGGCGUGAGACUUUUGCAAUGUGCAGUGGGAUAAAAUACAUUUCCUUUUCUUCAUUUUUCUUGUUCUCUCUCUCUCUCUUAUUCUCUCUCUCUCUCUCUUUCUCUCUCUCUCUCUCUCUCACACACACACACACACACACACACCCUUUCACCUACCACUUUGGACAGCGACCUGCCCCGCACAGGCACACCCGCACACAUGUGCCCACACAUCCUCCUCCAGCCCCUCCACCUGCCUAAUGUUAUGCAACCUCCUUCUGAUGUAUCCACCAAACCAGUACUGAAUGUGGCCGAGAAGUUUUCAGUAAAUCUUAUU